UAUUAUUAGGGUUUUGCUCUCUCUUUUAACAUCCGAAAAUCAGGACUCUCUUGCCGCUUUUCUCUUCGCCGUCGCCUUCUUCGAGCUUCAAGUCUCCCAUCCUCUUCAGCCAUGGCGGACAAAGCAGUCACCAUUCGGACCAGAAAGUUCAUGACCAACAGGCUUCUCUCCAGGAAGCAAUUCAUCAUUGAUGUUCUUCACCCUGGCAGACCCAACGUCUCAAAGGCUGAGCUGAAAGAGAAGCUGGCCAGAAUCUAUGAUGUGAAAGAUCCAAAUGCCAUCUUUGUUUUCAAAUUCAGAACACACUUCGGUGGUGGAAAAUCCACUGGGUUCGGUUUGAUCUAUGACUCUGUCGAGAAUGCAAAGAAGUACGAGCCAAAAUACAGGCUAAUCAGGAAUGGACUCGACACCAAGGUAGAAAAAUCAAGAAAGCAAAUGAAGGAAAGGAAGAACAGGGCAAAGAAAAUCCGAGGUGUCAAGAAGACCAAGGCUUCAGAUGCAGCUAAGGCAGGAAAGAAGAAAUAAAUUUGCUGGAAUUUUGUGCUUAUGGGCAAUGAUAAACUACCGAAUUGUGUUUUUUCUUUUAGUAGAGUCUCUUUUAGCUAUCUUCUUACUCUUCAAUUAAAUUAUGUUAAUCAGUGAUUUGGUUGUUGGUGAUUAGUGAUAUGAAAACUUUAGUUCUUUUGCCAGAGGACAGAAUUUUUGACGUUACAUUUCCUUCGUUUUCUUUUUGAUGUUUUGGUUGACACUUCGGCCCAUUGAGACUGAUCGUUGGUAGAUUAUGAUAAUUGAUAGAUGGGGAUAAUUCCAAGGCUUUAUCAAAUUUUCUACUUUUAGUUGUUUGAAUCAUAGAACUAUAGAUUGUUCAAUUUAUUAAACCAUUGCAAAGUAAGAAAUGCAAUAUUAACGUUUGAAAUAGUAAUGGAAAUAUUUGAAUAUAAUGCUUCGGUUUACUCUUUCUCUUCGGAAGAAGACUUCACACUUGAAAUUAGAGUUGAAGGGUGCAAUCAUGUAUUAAAGAAAAGUCUAAUUUAAGUGUUUAAAUACUUUGCUAAUUAUUGUUUUGAAGCUUAUUAUUUUCACUUUCGUCUUCCUUUGAUCUCAACUCCUCCAAUGUAAUCUUAAUUUCUUCUUGGACCAAUUCCAAUCUCUUCAAAUAAACCUCCAUUUCUAUAGCUUGUUGUUUCCGCCACCUCUCCUCCGCCUCCUCUCCGCCGUUCGAACUCGGAAUUCUUCUUGCGAGACCAACCGGCGGCCAUCCGUUACUCAUCAACUCCUUGAAAAACGGCGUUAAGCAGCCCUUCGCUACUUCCUCGACCAAUCCUGAAAUUUUUCCGAAAUCGUCGAGUACACUACUUGGCCUCAUUGGAAUCUCGUUUGAAUUGCUCGCUUCGCCGGAUAGAAACGCCGUGCGACGACGUUUUGUUAAUUGAAGGUCGUCUCGCUCUUCGUAUUUGUCUUCGAGGUUCUCUGUUUUCACUUUGGUUUCAGUGAAAUUAGGAUUAAUAUCCGCAAGAACUUCGUCUAGAAUGCUAUCCUCUGCCGAUGUUUGCUUUCUCCCCGAAUUUCUGCCCCAAAUUUUUCUUGAAAUGUCAAAAGUUAAUCGAUCGUGUAGGCUUUUGAAGGCCGGUUUCUGGCCGCAAUCGACCUUGCUCAAAGUGUUACGAACGCGAAGGCGUCUUGUUGCUGAAGGCGGCGACCGGAGAUUCGAUUCUCCAAUCCGUAUUCAAGAAAACCGCGCAAGAGCUUGAUUUCAUCUUCAUUUGUCCAGAUAGUGGUUCUCCGUCGUGCCGGAAUGGCAACGGUGACGAUAUUGUUAGUAGUAGCAUUGGCAGGGAUUGCAAUGGCGGUCGGAAUGUGAUCUUCGAUCGGAGAGAAACUAUUGGUUUUAGAUUGAUGUAAAUCUGCAGCAUCUGUCUCAUCUGAAACGGCAGCGUUUUGUUCAUUGUUUUGUGCAUCUUCUUGAAGAAGAAGAAUCUUGACCUAGUCUUUCGCUCGGUUUAAGAGGUAAUGAUUUUCUCCCUCUCUUUUUGCUUAUAUUGUCGAUUGAAUUUGGGAAUUUUGGGAGAGAAUAUAAGGAUAUGAACAAUCCCUAUAUUUGCUGGUUACAAAUGGUUAGGUAUCUUACAAGUGUUUGAUUAUUGUUUUGUUUUGUUUGAAAAUGGACCGAUAAAUUUUAUAGAAAAUUUAACCACUAAAAUACCCACUAAUUGAAUAAGUUGGAGAGAUGUUAUCAAUGAAUGUUGGUUGAUGGGGAGGUGGGAUUUUGAGUUUUGGGAGGAUUGCCAUUAUAACUAUAUUAAUAACUAAUUAUAACUAUAUUAAUAACUUACUCGACGUCAAAUGCAAAAGACAAAAUAAACUUCAUAGAUAUUAUGAAUUCUACAUACAUAUGAACUCUAUCUCAACUUAAAAUUCUAUUUCAACUCAACACUUUAAAACUAUUCCAAACGUACUUUUUAAUUGUUACUAUUAAGUGCCUUUAUUUAGUAGUUAUAGCUACCACCAUCUUGGGAAUGGUAAUGUAGGGCAUUGUUUAGAAAUUUUACAUGGAAUUAGUCAUUUAGUUAGUUAGCUAAGACUAUUCUUAUUUUAUCAUCAACCUAACUUCAACAUUGUCUAAAACAAAUUAAAAUCCCACUACCUUAUAUGAUUGAAUUACGGUAAUAGUGUGUAUAUUUAUAUAUAUAUAAACAAACAUACUUCAAUUGACAUAUGAAUGUGUUAGUAACCAUAAGAUCUGUGGUUCAAAUCUCUUAUUUUAAAUGUAUUGAAAAAUAGAUAUUUUUGUAAUUUGAUGUUCAACUAUGAAGGGAAAUCAAGCUAUUAACCAUCUCAGAAUAGUGAUUAGUAUCUUAGACAUUAUACAAUUCUGGAGUUUACAUGAGAUUAUAUAGAAUCUUAGACUUCUUUUAUCAACAUUUUUCUACGACUAUGAACAAAAAUCUUGACCAACUGCCAUUCAUAUUGAUUCAUAAUUGGGCUUUUCAUAGUAGAUGAGUAAAAAUAAAGCCCAAUUGAACACACUCCAAUCUUCUUCCUUCCCCACCACCACACCUUAUCCUCCACCUCCUCUUUCUCUCACAGAAGCGAAAACCAGCAUAUACCCUUUCCCCAUUCCAUGGAUCCUUCUGAUUCUUCUUCUUCUACUUCUUCCUUCUGAAUUUCCCUUCUUUUUCAAACACACAUACGAAAAUCAAAACCUUCAAACACAAAUUCCACCUCCAUCCAUGGCUGUUUAUUCCUCAGCUAGACCCACUCUCUCCUUCCAUCUCUCCCAACCUUCCCUUCCAAUUCCCAGAUUCAACUUCAAACCCCCCGUCGCCGCCACCAUUCCGCCGUUGCAGAGAUUAUCUGCGGCGAGACCCAUCUCCAUUUUCACCCUCAACUCUAUCGACGUCUCUAAGGAGGACAAACCCACUUCUGAUGACCCAAAUACGCCGUCGCCGCCGCCGGUUGUGGCGGUUGAAAAGGAGGAGGAGAAGUUUGAUAAGCGACGGCUGGAGGAGAGAUUUGCAGUGUUGAAUACAGGAAUAUAUGAGUGCAGGUCAUGUGGACAUAAGUUCGAUGAGGCCGUGGGGGAUCCGACGUAUCCAAUAGCGCCGGGACUGCCGUUUGAGCAGCUGCCGGAGGACUGGCGGUGUCCGACGUGUGGGGCGGCGAAGAGCUUCUUUGAGAGUAAGAGUGUGGAGAUUGCUGGGUUUGCUCAGAAUCAGCAGUAUGGACUUGGAGGAAACACUUUGACUUCUGGGCAGAAGGCUGUGCUUAUAUAUGGAAGCUUGUUGUUCUUCUUUGCUCUAUUCCUCUCCGGCUAUUUCUUGCAAUGAUGGAUGAGAUUGGAUUGAUCAAUCAGGUGGAUUGAGUAAAAUUUAUAAGGGAGUUUGUGUAUCAUGUUUGGUGAACUCCAAAUUCUUACUGAAUUCUUUUUGUGUUGACAAAACAAACAUCAUACUGUUGAAUCACAUAAUAAACUUCGCUCUUAAUCUUCUUCA